AUGGCCCAAAAAGGAGGACCGAGAAGCUCCACAUUCGCCGGUAAUACCUCGAAAUUGGUGGAUAACGCUCCCAAAAUAGUACAACGAGAAGUUUUACCAACCUGGAGCGGAACCGACUUCCAGCCUAGUUUCAUGAAAACAACCCCUGCAGUCAAUCUUCCCGGCCCAUCUAACGAUCCAAGAAGGGAAAACGAGCCUAGAGCUUUAAAUCCUGGUGAUAGUCUUCUUGCUCAGCUCAAGAAGACUAAUGCCAACAUUUCCAUCUGGGAAAUCCUUAUGUAUUCUAUCGAACACAGGCAAGCUGUUCUAAAUGAGCUAAGCCAGGCCAGUAUACCAGCCAACACGACUCCAGAAGAGUUGGUUGGUAUCAUCUCAUCAACUCCUCGGAUCAACAUGAUAGGGUUCGAGGACAAAGACCUACCUGCUCCCGAUGAACCCCAUGUUAAAGCUCUUUAUAUUUCUGUAAAAAUGGUUGAUAAAGUCAUUCAUAUGACUCUAAUCGACAAUGGUUCAGCAUUGAACAUAUGUCCCUGGAAGACUCUCCAAGAGCUCGACAUUUCUGCUGAUAAAGUCCUCCCCUCAGACCUGUGCGUCAGUGGCUUUGACAAUUCUCGUCGAGAGAUUAUGGGCAGCUACCUAACAACGAUCUACGUAGCUAAUGUACAUUUUGAGGUAGAAUUCUGCGUAAUCAACAUGCGACCAUCGUACAACCUAAUCUUGGGACGACCCUGGUUGCAUCAGGCUAAGGCUCUUGCCUCCACCCUGCAUCAGAAAAUUCGUUUCAUGGCUAACGGAAAACUCGUCACCAUAGAAGGUGAGAAAUACGUCACAGCCAUCAUCGGUUCAACUCAUUCCACUAACCCAGAGAUUGAGUUAAGUGGAUUCGACAUCUGUCCUAUAUUUAGGCAAGGUCAAGACUCAUCUUCCACUCCUGACUUCACUCCCUACAGCGCAAUCUCCAUGCGUCUCAUGCAGAAAAUGGGAUAUUUCCCAGGAAUGGGUCUAGGGCCGAAUGCUACCGGCAUGACUUCCUUCCCCUGGUCUUACUACGACUCAGACAACUUUGGCAUCGGUUAUACUCCGACAGAGGGCGAGGAAUCCAGGAAAGGAAAAGGACUGCUUAUUGGCAUGAAACCUGGAAAAGCUUUUGAUAAAGCUCCUGUAAUCAACCUGAGUGUUGAUAGCAACAUCACACCCCUUUUGGAUUAUGAAAUAGUGUCUGAUGUUGUAAUAAAUAAAGAAGUUUGUAAUGACAAUCCUGAUGAGUUGUCAUCUUCUAUUUGUAAUAAAGCAUCCAAUAAAACGCCAGAGUACAGUUUCGAAUAUAUGUCAGAUAAUGAUGAUGUUUCAUUCAACUCUGAAUUUAAUUUCGAAAUGAAAAACUUCUUAGAACACGAGGACGAGAUCGUUUCCGCAGCCGAGACAACAAUCGAAGUAAACCUCAAUACUCAAGACGAUCCUCAAAUUGUGUUGAUUGGACAGAGCCUGAGUGAUGACGAGCGUCAUGAGAUGAUCGAAUUACUAAAGACCAACAAAGACGUGUUUGCUUGGUCUUACAAGGAUAUGCCUGGAGUGGAUCCUGCAAUCGUUCGACAUCAAAUUCCCCUUUAUCCAGAGGCAAAACCCGUUAAACAAAGGUUAAGACGAAUGAAAACUGAGGUUGUCGCCAAGGUUAAAGAAGAGGUCCAGAAACAGUUGGAAGCAAAAUUCCUCGAAACUGUAGACUACCCCGUAUGGAUAGCCAAUGUGGUUCCCGUCUUGAAGAAGGACGGAAGGAUGCGCGUGUGUGUAGACUACCGCGAUUUGAACAAGGCUAGUCCUAAGGAUAGCUUUCAUUUGCCCCACAUUGACAUUCUGGUCGAUCAUGCUGCCGGCAAUCAACUCUUGUCUUUCAUGGAUGGAUUCUCAGGAUAUAACCAAAUUCAGAUUGCGGAAGAAGACAAAGAAAAGAUUACCUUUAUCACGGAGGUAGGCACGUUCUGUUUCAGGGUCAUGCCUUUCGGUCUCAAAAACGCUGGAGCUACCUAUCAACGAGCAGUAACGAUGAUCUUACACGACAUGAUCCAUAAAGAGGUAGAAGUCUACAUAGACGACAUGAUCGUAAAGUCUAAGGAUCGACGGGGUCAUAUUCCCAACUUAGACAAAUUCUUGCAAAGAAUUCGAAAGUAUCGGCUUCGACUGAACCCGAAGAAGUGUGCUUUCGGAGUCACUGCCGGUAAGAUGCUAGGAUUUCUCAUCACCCAACGUGGAAUAGAAAUCGAUCCCUCCAAAAUCGAGGCCAUUACGGCUAUGCCUGUACCUCGGAAUGAGCGAGAAGUCCGAGGCUUCCUCGGAAAAAUCCAGUUCAUCAGUCGUUUCAUCAGCAAACUAACUCUUACUUGUGAUCCUCUUUUUAAGCUACUGAAAAAAGAUCAGAAAUUCCAAUGGGAUGACACUUGUCAACAAGCUUUUGAAAAAAUCAAAGACUAUCUAAAGUCACCACCGGUCCUUAUGCCUCCAAGGCCCGGUAUCCCUUUAAUUCUCCAUCUCACAGUGACAAACUCGGCUAUGGGUAGCUUGUUGGCUCAAGAAAACGAGGAUAAGGUCGAGAUUGUCGUCUACUACUUAAGCAAGAGAAUGACAUGGUACGAAUUGAACUAUUCAACACCCGAGAAAGUGUGUUGGGAACUCGCAUGGGUCACCAAAAGACUAAGACAUUAUAUGCAAACCCACCCCAUCAAGUUAGUGUCUAGGCUUGACCCAAUCCAUUAUCUAUUUCAACGUACGUUGUUGUCGCCUAGAUUCUCUAAAUGGAUGAUGAUGAUCUCCGAAUACGACAUCACGUAUACGGCUCAAAAAUCUGUUAAGGGAAGUGCUAUUGCGGACUUCCUAGCAGAUCAACCUAUCAUAGUCGAGCCUUCUUUCGAACUCGACUUUCCUGAUGACUCCAUAAUGUCUAUAACUUCAGACACAUGGAAGUUAAUGUUUGAUGGAGCCUCCUCCAAACAUGGUUACGGAAUUGGAAUUCUCUUAAUAGAUCCCAAGGGAACCUACAAUCCCGUCUCUAUUAAGUUAGAGUAUUCUGUAACCAACAAUGAGGCUGAGUACGAAGCAUGUCUCUCAGGUCUCAAAAUCGCAUACGAAAGAGGAGCAACUAAAUUAGACGUAAUCGGCGACUCUAAUCUGGUUAUAUCCCAAGUUAAUGGAACAUGGAAAGUACGAGGAGAAAAUCUCAAACCUUAUCACACUUGCCUACUCCAUUUUAUCGACAAGUUCGAUCAUGUGUCUUUUGUACACACCCCAAGAAGCCAAAAUCGCUUUGCCGAUGCUUUGGCCACGCUAGCAUCUAUGACCCAAAUUCCUGUUGGAAUUAAGGUCAAACCUCUAAAGAUCCGUCAGAAACGAAAAUCCGAUUUCGAAGUUGGAGUGGUAGCCUCCGUUCAAGUGCCCACUAAACCAUGGUUCGAUAUCCUUCAAAACUACAUUGUGUAUGGAGAAUAUCCGUCCCACUUCCGAGCUAAGGAACGAAGAGCCCUGCGCCAGUAUUCCACCAACUAUGCUUGGAUAGCUAAUAAGCUAUACAUACGAUCUUUUGAUGGUCAAAACAUGCUUUGCGUCAAUGGUCCCGAGGCACGAAGGAUCAUAGAAGAAGUACAUGCAGGUGUGUGUGGUUCACACAUGAAUGGACUCGCCCUUGCUAAGAAAAUACUCCAUCUCGGAUACUAUUGGCAAAACAUUGAGCAAGAAUGUCAGCUAUGUGAAAAGUUUUCACCAAUGCCAAAUCUAUGCUAA